AUGGCGACAGGGCACAAUCGCCCGAUCUCGAACGCUCUUAUGCAAGAUUCCCAUCAGCUCGAGACUUCAUAUCGCUCGUGGCAAGCUCGUCGUCCGCAGUUGUUUCGUCCAUCUGACAGGACUUCACCAAUGGCUUUGAAUUCGAAAGUGUGCAUUUUCGUCAUCGCGGAGGGCCAGGAGCAUCCCGUCAAGCUGUGUCAUGCGCUUCACGAUAGCACAUUGUCGAAGAGCAUCAUUUCAAAGAGCAAGGCGGUUGCCACCCGCGGUACCAUUCGCCCGAAUGCACCGACCACCUUGACCGAUCAUACUGGAACGAGUCAUAUCUCCACUUCUAACAUUUCUUUGCGAUGGUACUACGAUGAUGGCACGCAGACCUUCCCUGAGACAUUCUACAUUGUGGAUCAAAUUCCGGCCACUGAAACGGACAGCAAUCGAGGAGAAGUCAGAGACCACCACUGGGACGCGAUCCUCCGCAGUACCGUCGAACCCCCAUCCACUGCCCUUAGCCCUCAGGUCAACCCGAUAUGCGCUGCGCCACCCGGGGUCGAUCCCCGGCGGGAGCGCGAGAGAAAAGAGCGGGCGGAGACGAACCAGCAGAAAUUUGAGAGGGAGAAGGAAUUGCAGGCCAAGAGGAUUCGAGACGCUUUUGCACUGAAGCAGGCUGGCUCAGGAAAGCGAGGAUGA